AUUAUUUUUGAGAAGCAGUGGUUCUAUCUGGAUAAUGCCAUUGGACAUGUUUAUGGGACUACAUUUGAAGUCACCAGUGGUGGAAACCUCCAGCCAAAGCAAGAGAUGGAAGAGACUACCACAGAAACAAAAGAAGCAGGUACAGAUAAUCGUAACAUAGUUGACGAUGGGAAGUCUCAAAAACUGACUCAUGAUGACAUAAAGGCUUUGAAGGACAAGGGUAUUAAAGGACAGGAAAUAGUUCAACAGUUAAUAGAGAACAGUACGACAUUCAGAGACAAAACAGAAUUUGCUCAAGAUAAAUACAUAAAGAAGAAGAAAAAAAAAUAUGAGGCAGUUAUUACAAUUGUGAAACCAUCCACUCGCAUUCUUUCAACAAUGUAUUAUGCAAGGGAACCUGGAAAAAUUAACCACUUACGGUAUGACACCCUAGCUCAGAUGCUGACAUUAGGAAACAUCCAUGCUGGCAACAAGAUGAUUGUGGUGGAAACAUGUGCUGGCCUUGUGCUGGGUGCAGUGAUGGAGCGAAUGGGGGGCUAUGGAUCCAUUAUUCAGAUGUAUCCAGGAGGAGGACCUGUUAGAGCUGCUACCAGUUGUUUUGGAUUUCCAAAACCUUUUUUUGAUAAUCUUCAUGAAUUUCCUCUCAGCAAAGUGCAUAGUCUCCUCUCUGGGACAUUUUCUACAGAGACUCUGCCUUCAGACCCUGAAGAUAACGCACUUGUGGAAGAAGAAAGCAAUGGAUUGACUGAUGAGAAACAGACUUCCCUACAGGAAACAGAAGAGGAACCUACUACUGAAGCAGCUAUGGAGAUCAACCAAACAGAAGAGCAAGAAACAAUGGACAUUAAUGCUGAAGAUGUAGAAUUUAAAGAGAACAAAGAAAAAAAAAAUAAAGAAAAUGUUCAGGAAAAGCAAAUAAAACAAUGGGAGAGAAGAAAAAAGCUAAUAGAAACUGCUGCUUUGUUGAGAGAGAAGAAUGCUGAUGGCUUAAUUGUAGCCAGCAAGUUUCAUCCCACACCCUUAUUACUUUCUUUAUUGGAAUUUGUUGCUCCUUCAAGGCCUUUUGUUGUCUACUGCCAGUACAAAGAGCCAUUGUUAGAAUGUUACACAAAGCUGAGAGAAAGAGGUGGUGUAGUUAACCUAAAGCUGUCUGAAACCUGGCUACGAAACUACCAGAUCUUACCAGAUCGAAGCCAUCCAAAACUGACAAUGAGUGGAGGUGGAGGGUACCUUCUCUCUGGCAUCACUGUUGUCUUGGAUCAGGGCAAAUCUGAUUCCAGUAAUUUAGAAGCACUGAAGAUGGACGAGCCUUCAUCUAAAAGAUGCAGAGUUCAAGACCUUCCUUGUUGACAUUUGAAGAAUAAAAUUGUUUUUUAGAUCUCAGGAGUCUUAAUGUUAGCAAAAUAACAAGUAUGCUUUCUGUGCUCUUGACCUGUCAUACAUCUGUCAGAAAAAGCAGCAGAACAGCAUGGGAGGGAGGAUUGACUCAGUCCU